UUGGCCUCUUCUCUCUAUAAAUAGACACCAUCCCAAACCCAAAAAAAUACACUAGACAUCCCUAAUUCACCCUAUUUUUCUUCCUUAAAGCCCAGAACCUAACCUUAUUCUUCCUUUUUACUCCUAUGUUCUGGUAAUUAAUAACAUAUAAUAAUCAAGAAUAUAAUUAUAGGAUUAGGAAUCUAACAAGUUAAAAUUAGUCUUAAACCCAUCCUAAAUUCUCCAACUACCCUAAUUAUCUAGCUAAGUAUAUUACCUUCCUUUAAAUAGUAACAUGGAUCUUGAAAGUGGAAAAUCAGAUCAGAAUACUUUCUAUAAUAAGCAAAAUAAUACUCCUGUUUCUGCUGGUAAUGAAAAUCCUGCUUCUACUGAAGAAAUUAGUUCUGACUGGCGUGGCAGACCUUCUAAUCCUAAUAAGCAUGGUGGAAUGAGAGCUGCUAUUUUUGUUCUUGGGCUACAAGCUUGUGAGAUAAUGGGAAUAGCAGCAGUGGGAAACAACUUAAUCACAUAUGUGAUAAAUGAGAUGCACUUCCCUCUUUCAAAGGCAGCUAAUAUUGUGACCAAUUUCAUUGGUACCAUUUUCCUCUUUAGUCUCAUUGGUGGCCACAUUGCUGAUUCUCAUCUUGGUAGCUUUUGGACCAUGCUCAUCUUUGGCUUUAUUGAACUUUCUGGUUUCAUACUACUAUCAAUACAAGCUCAUAUACCAGGACUAAAGCCACUAAAAUGCAACAUGCUAGCACAAGAAAGCACAGGUGAAAUAUGCCAAGAAGCAAAAGGAAUCCAAGCAACAAUCUUUUUUUUAGCACUUUCUUUAGUUGCCCUAGGAAGUGGUUGUGUGAAGCCUAAUAUGAUAGCUCAUGGGGCUGAUCAAUUCACCUCCAACCAAUCUACUCAACUAUCUACAUACUUCAAUGCCGCCUACUUCGCCUUUUCUAUCGGAGAACUUAUCGCCCUCACUGUGCUCGUUUGGAUCCAGACCCAUUCGGGUAUGGAUAUUGGAUUUGGUAUCUCUGCUAUUGUUAUGGCUAUGGGCUUAAUCUGUUUGGUUUCUGGUACUCUUGUCUACAAGAAUAAAAGACCUCGUCGAAGUAUUUUCAUUCCUAUUAUUCAGGUAUUUGUGGCUGCAUUUCUAAAGAGAAAGAAAGAAUGUCCAUUAGACAUGAAGAUGGUUCAUGGAAGUAACCAGCAGCAGCAGCAGCAGCACUAUAGCAGUUACAAUGGAUCUGACAAUCUCACACAUACACAAAGAUUCAGGUUCUUAAACAAUGCAUGCAUCCCAACAGAAGGCACAAACAAAGAAAGUCCAUGGAGACUAUGCACAAUAAAUCAAGUACAAGAAGUAAAAACCCUAAUUUCAGUCCUCCCAAUAUUUGCAUGCACAAUCAUUUUCAACACAAUUUUAGCACAACUGCAAACCUUUUCAGUCCAACAAGGCAGUCAAAUGAACACAAACCUAACCCAUUCCUUAACCAUUCCCCCAGCCUCCCUCCAAGCCAUCCCUUACCUCCUCCUCCUCUUCUUGGUCCCACUUUACGACACCGUUUUCGUCCCCUUUGCCCGCCGCUUCACCGGCCACACGUCCGGCAUAACCCCGCUCCACCGCAUCGGGGCCGGCCUCUUCAUCUCCACCUUCUCCAUGGUGGCGGCCGCCCUAAUGGAGCGCCACCGAAGAGAAAAUUACGUUCGGAAUCAUAAUAAAAUAAACAUUUUUUACAUCACACCACAAUACCUUAUCUUUGGAGUAUCAGAAAUGUUGACAGCCGUUGGAUUAAUUGAAUUUUUCUAUAAACAAUCGUUAAAAGGGAUGCAAUCUUUUCUUAUGGCUAUGACUUAUUGUUCUUAUUCAUUUGGGUUUUACUUAAGCUCAGUAUUAGUCACCUUAAUCAACAAAAUUACCUCUAAAUCAUCAUCUAAUCAUGGUUGGUUAAGUCAUAAUGAUCUGAAUCAAGAUAGGUUAGAUUUAUUUUAUUGGUUAUUAGCUAUUUUAAGCUUUUUAAACUUUGUUAAUUACCUAUUUUGUGCUACUUGGUACUCUCAUAAUCCUUCUAAUAAUUCUUCAUCUCAGCCACAUGCAAUUUCUCCUCAAGUAUUCAAUGAUGACCAAUCUUAAUUAUAAAUCCUAGCUAAUUGUGUAUUACUAUCAUAUCAUAUCAUAUCGAUAUUAAGGUUUUGACAUUAUUAUACGUCGUAAUACUAUAGUUAUAUAUAGCUAGGUUUUAUAAUAAAAAUUAAGUAUGCAUCUAGUGAUUAGCCUUAUAUAUAUAUAUAGAUUGUUAUUGAUAAUGUAUUGAGGUUUACACUAGUAAGUUGUAAUAAAUAUAUAUAAGCCUUCAUUAGCUUAA